AUGAAGUUUACCCAGUGUCAAUAUGAGGAUUCUUUGGAUCUGGCUCUUCAUGUUUGCUCUGUUGUGUUUGCCGACUUCGGCACAGAUGGCCUCUCCGUGGAAGCGGAAAUCAACGACAAGGUGAAAAUCGAGUGCCCCAAAACACCCAACACAACGACCGGUCGCCUUCAUGCCCAAUACCUGACCUUCACUCAGGUGUCCAGACACGGCUUUGAGACAUGCAGCACAGAUCACGACGAUGGACCAGUCAGAGAUCUAUUGGUUUGCAAUCGGCCGUACGAGGAUAAUUCCUACUUAUUGCUGUUCCAGCAAGAUUCUUCAUUCCCCGGUAGCCUGACCUUCUCUCAUAGUACCACCUACUAUUUUAUAACAACAUCCGAUGGUUCUCUUGGAGGGCUGGGUAUUGAAGAAGACGGACUCUGCUCAUCACAUCACAUGAAAGUCAAGGUUUACAUUAAACCAAGACCUACUGUGUUCGUACCAACAGGGCAGUCAACGCUUCCAGCCACAGCGGAACCCACCUUAAUGCCCAGAACAAACCCCAUGACCCAUCCACCAACACAACGACCGACUGUGUCCAUCACCAAAGCAAGAACAACAAGACCAGACAAGCUCACGGAGCAGGUCCAGGAAAAGACGCAGAGCAAACAAAACCCUGACUCCCAAUCCUCGGAUAAUGCCAGCACCAGACUCAGACAUUCACCACUGCUUGUUCUCAUCACGUUCUUCAUUGCAAUGCUAAGAUGGUCCACACUCCGAUGAGUCCGGGAACAAGACUUCUUAAACUCCCACAUUUUCUUUUUCUAUGAAUGGUUCAUUUUCCGCCCGAUUUUGUCGGUGGGGAGGCGUCUUAAACUGAUUUCUGGUUGAUACUGGACUCUGUUUGUAUUUAUUGUUUAUUUUUUAGGAGCUGAUGAUGUAUUCAUCAACUCUUUUGUUUUUUUUUUUACGCGGAACUCGUAAAGUAAAAUUCACUCUUGUUAUUUCUUGAAUUUCAAGAGUGGAGAAGUUAUUUCGUUUGGAAGGGAAGUGUUUUUUUUCUCAACCAGAAAUCAGAAUAAAGAACUCAAAAAUCUGUAUAAAUUUUGAAAUUUUGAGAGAAUUGAUUAUUUAUCUUGAAUGUUGCUAGGUAGAGAAGCUUAGCUUUUAGAAUCAAAUUGACUGACGACAUUUCACUUCCAAAGUAGGCUGAUUUUAUAGUCCUCUUUAAAUAUUUGUAACCCCUUAGGAUAAAAAAGGAAAGAAAAAUACUCUUCAUUUUUGUAAAGAGUAGAUUUGGUAAUUGAGGAGUUUAAUUUUUGGGGAAAAAAACUGGGAAUCUGUUGUUUCAUAGAGCUGCUUAAGCAGAAAAUAGUGGUCAGCAAUGUUAUGCUUGACACCAGUCACAUGUGAUACAUUGUGGGAUGGUAUGUUGACUGGUAACCUUAUUCUGGUAAGCAUUGUUGCGCUGUGCUAAGCUACUUUUUGUAGCUCUAUGAAACAAGACCCAGGCAAAAUUGAGUCGCUAAGAUUACUCAUUCUUUGUUGGAAUACAAAUGUAUUCACAAAAUAACACUUAUUUAUAAAAGGUGAGAGGGCGUGAGUUCAUAAAACCAUGUCAAUUUUAUGUACCAAAAACUUGACUUUAAAGGCUGACAUUUUUAUAUCAGACAGACUUAUCGGCUGACAACAAAAAUGCUGAAAACAAAACAAAGCAAUAAUUUGCUUAAAAUUAUAUACACAGUUUAUCAGACAUUAUACCUUUACUAAAAAUUAUUACUUAGAGAACUAAAGUCGCGCCAAAGAUUUUUUAUUUGCUAGAUGCCUUUUCCCCUGUCUUAGAAUGCAGUCUAAAAGCUGAACAAUAAUUAUGAAAAAACGAUCAUCGAAAAUAUAAACCAAAGUUUUCUCUUCAAUAUUUUUAUACCUUAAUGUUCAACCACCUCAAAAAGAAAACUGUAUUCAGUUAAAAUUACUUUCUUUAGAUGAAAAUAAUUGUUGUCCCUUAAUUCAAGUUAUUAUUUUUUAUAUUUAUCCAAGCAUUGCAUAUAUUAAAAUGACCAUUAAGGUCAGCUGUAUUUAAAAAUCCUAAUUUCAUUCUUUUCUUUCAAAGAUGUAUAUUUCAAACUUUAAUUUAUAACAAAAAAGCCAUGUCUUUUACUGUAAAUAAGUAGGCGCCAUCUUCACAAGUUAAAACAUGUAAGUUGGCCGUUUUUUGGUUGUUAACAUUUAGUAUUAAUGCUUACAAUUGUAGAGUUUUAUAAGAAAAAGAUAAAAAAAAACUAAAAACCUUUUUUUUUUUUUUUUUUAAGUAAAUACUUACAGACUUGACUUCUGCAUGGACAUUUCUAGAGGAAUUUGUAAAAUAAAUAUUGUAAAAAUUUAGUACCACCAUUUUUUGCCAAUGAAUGAUGUUCCACAAAAAAUUUUUUCUUUGAAUGUGUUAAGUGGAAAUACUGUACAAGAAUGUAGUCUCAUGACGUUGCAUGUUAAACACAUGGAUCAGAAAUGUUGUGAUGAUAAUAACGAUUUAACGUUUUGUCCCUAAGAAAAGCUGAGUGGUCUAAUAGUAAGACAUGGGGCCCCAGUUUCAUGGCUCUGCUUACUGCCGAAUUCUGAACUCCCGAUCACCAUUCUUCACUUACAGUAUCAAUUCAAGUCAGGGCGCAAUUUCAUACAGCUGCUU